AGCCAGCACCACCAUCGUUGGGGCCAUGAGACCCCAGCGGCUCCAGCAUCCCUCUCCCGGGGGCUCCCUGGCCUGGCUGCUGCUUCUCCUGGUGCUGCCGGCCAUGGGACCCCAGCGGCUCCAGCAUCCCUCUCCCGGGGGCUCCCUGGCGUGGCUGCUGCUUCUCCUGGUGGUGCCGGGGGCCGCGCAGGGCUUGUUUGAGGUGAGCGUUUCGCCGGAAGCUGCCGUGGUGGGGCACGGAGGGUCCGUCUGGAUAAACUGCAGCACCACGUGCCGGGAUCCUGGUGCCAGGGGCGGCAUUGAGACCUCGCUCACCAAAACCGAUAGUAAAAAUGGAUCCAGGUGGGCAGCCUUUCUCCUAACCAAUAUCACGGAGUGGGCAUCGACACUUAAAUGCUUCUUCAUCUGCGGUGGAAAUACGACGGUGGCGUAUGCAAACAUCUCCGCUUACCAGGUGCCGGAGCGGGUGGUGCUGGAGCCGCUCCCCGAGAUGGAGCUGGGCCGGGCCUAUAACCUGAAGUGCCGGGUUCUGAACGUGGCUCCCGUCACGCACCUGACCCUGACCCUCCGCCAGGGGGGACGGACCCUGCACACAGAGACCUUCCAGAACCGCACCGGGACCGGACCCGACAACGUCACGGUGACCCACAAGAUCACCCCUCAGCGACAGGACCACGGGCAGGAGAUCACCUGCCACACCGCCCUGGACCUGACACCGCACGGGCAGCUUUUCCAAAACUCCUCCCCUGCGGUGGAGCUCAGGGUUUUUGAUCUCCAAGAGGAGCCCCGGCUCCAAAUCUCCCAAUAUAUCGAGGUGGACACCAGGGCGACCGCCCGCUGUGGGGUGGCCGGGGUCUUCCCCGCUGCGGGAGAGGCCCGGUUCAACCUGUCCUUUGGGGGAGAGAGCCUGAACUUCACCGUCACCACAUCGGGCGACACGGCCACCGCCCAGGGCGAGGUUCGGUCCCCGUCCCCGGGACAGCACCAGCUGACAUGCACCGUGUCCGUGGGGCCCGUGUGCAGAUCCGCAGGGCAGAGCGUUCUCGUUUACCGUUUCCCUCAGCCCGUCCUGGAGAUCGACCAGCCCCAGGCCCUUGUGAACAGGACCGUGAGCAUCACGUGCCUUUCCCAGGCCUCCCAGCCCCCCGGCACGAUGCUACAGCUCCGAGACGCCGAGCGAACCCUGGCCUCCGGGCACCCGCCCCGCCUGCAGCUCACGCUGACGACCCGCAAGGGAGACAAUGGGAGGCAAUUCACGUGUGAAGGGAACCUCACGCUGGGCAACCAUUCCCUCGUAAAGAACACGUCCGCCCAGCUCGUCGUCCUCUACGCGCCUAUGCUGGACGAGCCCGGCUGCCCAAGUCACCAGACGUGGCUCGAGGGGACCCCGCAGCAGCUGGCCUGUGAAGCCGAUGGCAACCCGACGCCGGAGGUCUCCUGCAGCAAGGACAGCCCGGUGUACGCUACCGGCGGCGUGCAGAACGUCACGAGAGGCCACGCGGGGCUGUAUCGCUGCCACGCCACCAAUGCUCACGGGACGGACGGCAGGAACGUGACAAUCCACGUCGAAUAUGGGCCUGAAAUAGACGAUGCCGGCUGUGCCGGGACCCGGACCUGGGUGGAGGGGAUGGAGCAAAGCUUGGUCUGCCUGGCGCGGGGGAACCCAGCACCGGCCGUGGUGUGCACGAAGGACGGGGUGCCCUACGAUGUGGGGGUGCAGCAUCGGGUGGCGAGAGAGCAUGCUGGGACCUACCACUGCAACGCCACCAACGCCCGCGGCUCGGUCAGCUGGGACGUGACCGUCCAGGUGGAGUACAAGCCCACCAUGGACGAGUCCAGCUGCCCCAGUACCCAGGCGUGGCUGGAGGGGACCCAGCACACCCUGGCCUGUGAGGCGGACGGGAUCCGCGUCCCAUGCACCAAGGAGGGAGCAGCCGACGAGUUUGGCGGCGAGCGGAACGUGAGCAGGAAUGACUCCGGCACCUACCAGUGCACGGCCAGGAACCGCCACGGGUCGGCGACGAGGGUGGUCACCGUGCGGGUGGAAUACAGGCCCGUCGUCUUGCUCCUGGCCAUCAGCCCUUCCGCCACCGUCCCACGCGGCGCCAGCUUCAACAUCAGCUGCCGCGCUGAGGGCUCCCCGGCGCCCUCCUACCGCUGGACCGUGCCCCCCGCCCCCAACGUCCACUGCUCGGCCGAUAACAGCACCGUGAGCGUGGCCGGCGCUGACCGGCACAACCGCGGCGUUUACGUCUGCAGAGUCUCCAACGCCCACGGGCAGCACCUGGGCCAGGUCCAAAUCCAGGUGACAGAUCACAGAUUCAUCGUCGCCGCCCUGAUCGCGGGGGCGGCCGUGCUGCUGCUGGGUGGGACGGCCGGGCUCGUCUAUUACCUCAAAUCCACCGCCUGCAAGAAGGGCGAGUACAACGUGCAGGACGCCGAGAGCUCCUCCAAAGCUGCCUGCCUCGGCCGCGACGCUGCCGUCUACGGGAUACAGCUCACCCAGACCUGA